GUUGCUGUUCACAAGGAAAAACAGAGUUCAAAUUCCUCUGUGCGAGUGAACCUGCUGUGGAAGUAUGGCCGGGUGCUCAGACAUAGGCUGGCAUGAGUUUCUCAGGCCCAGCUCUGCUGUCGUCGCUGUGAGAGCACAGAAAGGCAUGUACAGAGUGUGUGUAUGUAUGUAGUUAAAUUAUGCACUGAUUCAGAGAGAAAGUUCUCGUCCUGUGCACAUUUCUGUAUCGCCAAACAGGUAUCUAUGGGUGUGUGGGAUCCUGUCUUUAUUUACCUGUUGCAUAGAUUGAGGCCACAACCCCUGUGGGAUGAUUGACUACACAGCACAUAUAGCAAGGGUCUUCUGCACCACAAAGUUAAGAAAAGACAGAACGUGAGAGCCAGCCAAGGUAUGAUCAGGAAAGGAGGAGAUAGGUGACCACACAAAGAAUGGCCUUUCUGUCUCUGUCUUCAUUUGCAUAGACUGUAAUCUGUACUGUUCAUGGCAUGGAUAAUUAGAAAAUAGCAACAGGGUGUAAGCCAGUGAAGUUUUCCAACUUCAGCAUACAUUUGCUAGGAUGUCAUACUGAAUGUUUGUUAGUCUCAUGCAGUAAGAAGGUAGGUAAUUGUUUAACUUAGUUAAAUGGCUGUAACACAGUAAUUCCUGAAGUCAAGGGGAUGGUUUGCACAGCUCCUGCUAUGGGUUUUCUGUUGCUGUGUUUGCCAGACAUCCCUAAUGUAGUUUAUUUCAGUUGCUUGUAGCCUCAUUUAAUGUUUGCUGUUGGUGUGUGUGUUGGCAAGGAGGGCUCUGUGGGAAACAAAUCGACAAGUGAUCAUGUAACCAAGUACCUAAUUUAUGUUUGCUUAGCCUGGUACGUCACCAAACUCUUCACAGGUGUGCUUAUAAACAACUAAAAUGCAAGCUGGGGUCUCACACCCUUCCUGAAGCUUGUCUGGGAGGUUGGACCAGGGACCCAGGCUGAGCUCCUGGCACUCAGCUAUUGCUGUGUAUGUAAAAAUGAGUUUAGGCUCUCUGUUUGGAGAAUGUAGACUCCUCUGAAAGAUGGUAUGUAUAUUUUUACUUUACUGUAACAUGCAUAAUAAAUCAGAGUUAUUGUUAUCUCUUCUGGCAUUUCUGGAACUUCCUCUUCCACUCUUAAUAACCAGAAUUUGAAAUGCAGUUUCAAAUGGUGAAAUACAUUGCUUCAAUCCAAAAUAAGAAGCCCUGCCUUACCAAGGUGCUAAAAGGCGCUGCAAAGUUAUGUCUGGACUCUCUGACACUCCACCAAAUUGUGUUACUCCUGAUUGCCUGUAAAAUGUCAAUGGCAUUUUAUCAGUAUGCUGUUGAUUCAAGUGACUGGCAUGGAUUUUCAGGGGUUAUUCAAUCACUCUGGCAUUUUGAACCUAACACAUUAAACUUGUAGUAAAUCCAUCUUUGAGGCAUGUAGUGUUGGCUAUGAAGUGUGGUUGCUGCAUGGUACUUGCUCUCUUGUUCAAAUGAAUUUGGUAGGAUAAUGUUAUAAUGUGAGGCUUUGUUGCCAAAUUGGGGUGUAGCCGAUCUGUGACACCCUGGCUUCAUGCUAGAUUGGCUACCAGCUUUCUUGCAUCUAGAUUAGAAGCGGAUACCAACAAAAACAUUGUGUUUUGUUUUUUGUCUAUGUAGACAGGGAUGUGGCUGUUUCCAUCAAAUUGUACGUUUUGCUCUUGUUAUUCACUGAUCCAGGCUGAAGAAUCAUGUAAGGACACAGCCUUCACCAUCAGAUAGCUUGUCAAUCUAAUAGUUGCACAUAUUUAAUCAGCAGUUGUUGCUUGGAGCUAUACAGAAAGGGGUGGAUAAUUGACAAGGCUAGUUAAAAAAAAAAAUCAAAAAUGAGUCAUUAGUUCAUGUCAGCUCACUCCAAAAGUAAUGUAAACCUUUGUGCUGUACAGAUGGAUUCAGUACAUGAGAAGUAUAUGGUCAGCUCACAGAUUUGCAGCACAUGCUGCAAGGCAAAUAAAGAAUGUGAGUAGCAAGUAGAAAAUCCAUGGAUAUGUCCUCCGUGUCAUGCACUUGGAGCCCUGUAACUUCUGACUACAUGCUUUUUCUGCUUCUGUAAUGGUCUUUUAGCAUAGAAUUUGUGAGCAAUGCUAUACUACUUUGCCUAUACAUAUGCUUUUUUUUUUUUCUUACUGCAUUAGCAAUCUGUUCUACCUUUCCUCCUCAGUUUGUCUGUAUGGUUCCUCAAGAGAGCAUGUUUUGUUUUUGUCGGAGUUUAUUCCCAAACAUAGUGGAGUAGGAGGGUGAAGGUAUACUCACUUGGAUCUUGUUUACUUUGUUUUUUCUUAUCAGCUGUGGGAAUGAACUUGUAAAGACCGUAUGCAGCUGGGACCCUUUACCCUCAGCUGGGAGCAUGCAUGAGAUACCGGAUUUGGGGCUGCUUUUGAAAGAUCUGAUAACCCCAGCUGCAUGUUUGUUUGAUCUUUGUGAGCUGCUGUGACCACUGCUGUGUGACCCAAAACACAGCUAUGUCAGAUGUCCCGUUUGAGAUGCAGCCUAUUCUUGAACUGUGGAGCACUUAGAGGAUGAUGCAGAGUGGAGCAGUGUGUAUCUCUCCAGAGCUCUGUGGAAGUGACAAGUGAAACAGGUUGCUAGGAUUGGAUCUUCUUUUUAUCUUAUAUGAGCUCUCCUGUAAUUGAUUAGUGCAUGUUAUAUUCAGGCUGCAGUGAAGAUCACUCUUGUACUAGAAUCCAUAUAAACACAGAAGAUAACAUAGACUUUGCAGAGACUUCAAAACACUAUUUAACUUACCAUGAAAUGGAUUUGGGGACAAUAGAAGGAGAGAGAGUAACAAGGAGUGCACUAGUGCACGUUCUGAUGCUUAUAGUUGGCUUAGCUUUGGGCUUGGAAUCACUGCAAGCUUUAUACAAAUAUUUACUUACAAAUAAAUACUAGCAAAGCCUAUCAUACAAAGAGAGAAAACAGAACAAUCAUUUUUCUUUCCAAAUACACUCACAGAAUGUGGGAUUUUUGGCCUCAAGUAAAAUAAGUGAGAGUUCACUAUGAGGAGCAACAGUUGCAAAUAAAUGGUACAUGAGGAAUACACAGAGAUUGCUAUUUCUUGGUAGCCUUCUCAGCUUAAGUAGUUGGAUGGCAAUUUCAUACAGUUUUGGCAUCUUUUUAUGGGUAUUUUCAUCUGCUGAUAGGGAUACUGUUUUAGACAUGGCUGCUUUAAAUCACUGCUUGGAAGUGUUGACAAGCACACACUGGUGUGAGGUGACAAAGGUUCACGUACCCCAUACUACAGCACAGACACUGGCUUUUGGACUCAACUCCCGCCUUUGUAAGCUACACAAAGGUUAAAAUUGUAUUCCCUCAAACGUGAAUUUUGCACUAAACAGUGUACCAGAAGUAGAGCAGCCUCGAUCAGAGGCUGCAGUUUGAAAUAAAGCCUGGGGGCUGGUGUGUGGUGCUGGAGCCCUGCUGAGGUGAGCUGCAGCUCUGGGCAGCAGCAGGAUGGCGAGCAGACCCUCACCCCACCUUUGCUGGUGUGUGGCGAUGGGAGCCAACCUGUAGCGCUGAGGGGAGAAAGAGGAGCAUCGGCCCGCCACAACAUGGCCCCGCGUGCCGGCCCGCCCGACGGCGGCUGGGGCUGGAUGAUCGUGGCUGGCUGCUUCCUGGUCACUAUCUGCACCAGGGCCGUGACGAGGUGCAUCUCCAUUUUCUUUGUGGAGUUUCAGGCAUAUUUUGGGCAGGAUUAUGCCAGAACAGCUUGGAUCCACUCCAUUGUCGACUGUGCCACGAUGCUCUGUGCCCCGCUUGGGAGUUUAAUCAGUAAUCAUGUAUCCUGCCAAGUUGGUAUCAUGCUAGGAGGGCUGCUCGCGUCUACUGGACUAAUUCUGAGUUCCUUCGCCACCAGCCUGGAACAUCUCUAUUUAUCAUUAGGAGUCCUUACAGGACUUGGAUUUGCCCUCUGUUAUUCUCCAGCUAUUGCAAUGGUGGGCAAGUACUUCAACAAAAGGAAAGCACUGGCUUAUGGAAUAGCUAUGUCUGGAAGUGGAAUCGGUACCUUCAUCCUGGCUCCUGUGGUCCAACUCUUAAUCGAGCAAUUUUCCUGGCGUGGGGCGUUACUUAUCCUAGGAGGUUUUGUCCUAAACCUCUGUGUCUGUGGUGCCUUGAUGCGGCCUAUUGCCCUUGAGGAGGACCGUAAAACUGUUCCGGGGCUUCUUGAAAAAGAUUAUGUCAAUGAAGCACAGAAACGAGACUUGAAGCGAAUGCCUCUCUGUUCACCUUUAAUCAAAACAUGGUCACAUGAGUGUUUAUGCUACUGUUCAUGGAAGGAAUAUGACUUUUUACUGAUGCCAGGCUUCAUGGUGCUAGCAGUGUCUGUUUUAUUUAUGGCAUAUGGCUGCAGCCCUCUUUUUGUCUACUUAGUGCCUUAUGCUUUGAGCGUUGGAGUGAGCCAUCACCAGGCUGCCUUCCUCAUGUCUAUACUUGGUGUCAUUGAUAUCAUUGGUAAUAUCACCUUUGGAUGGCUAACAGACAGAAGGUGUCUGAAGAAAUACCGGUACUUCUGCUACCUCUUUGCUGUAGGAAUGGAUGGCCUCUGCUGUCUUUUCCUACCUGUUCUCCACAACUUCCCUUUGCUUGUGCCUUUCUCAUUUACCUUUGGGUACUUUGAUGGAGCCUAUGUAACACUGAUCCCUGUUGUGACGGCGGAUGUAGUGGGAACUUCUUCUUUAUCAUCAGCACUGGGUGUUGUGUACUUCCUGCACGCCAUACCAUAUCUAGUGAGCCCACCUGUUGCAGGUUGGCUUGUGGAUACAACUGGCAGUUACACAGCAUCAUUCCUCCUGUGUGGAUUUUCUAUGAUAUUUAGUUCAGUGUUAUUAUGUUUUGCGAGACUGGCAAAGAAAAUGAAGAGAACACGUUUGAAGUCACUCUCCAAUGACACUCACAGCAAACAGCACAUCUGGACAAAUGGAGCAAUAGCUUAUUCUGUCACAGGAGAAUUAGACCAAAAGGAUGCUGAAUUUUUGCCUGUGGAUACAAACAGCUACAGCAACAGAUGACGAGCACUGUCAAGAUUCAGCACUGUGCAACCACAGCUGAGACAAAGGAGACUGCAUCACGUUGCAGUGCUGAAGAUAGUCCUGUGACACAAGGCAUCUCAGUUAGAUAUUUCUGUCAUGUUUUGGUAGUCUAGGAUCUGCAAACAGCAUAGGAAGUUGAAGCAGUAGUAGGUCAAAACUAUACUGAGAAUAGAGAUGGUAGAUAAGUUUCAACAAAUUAGUUCUAAAACAGUACGUUGACUCCACAGGUAACCUGAAAAAAUAUAAUUGGCUAUGAUCAAAAGAAAACGAUAAAGUUAAUCAGUCACCAAAGAUGAACAAUAAUGUUUAAAUUAUUUAAAAAUAGUAUUAAUGAAAUAGGCGUUUCAGUGUUCUGGUCUCUUAGAUUUCAAUGGAGUAAUCACAGAUGCCACCAGAAAGCCUCUCCAUUUUUCAGGCUGCAUCAAACUCUUUGCCAAUGACUGUUUUGAAUGCCAAAGCCAUUUUUUAGAAAAUCUGGCAGGAAGCUGUGAUUUAUGCUGGAAGUAUAUCUGAAGCAGCUUUAAUUUCUACAGUGUGCCUGAAUCUUGUAUGUAUGUUGGAACUUCAUUUCAAGGGUGGCUUGAGAGCCGCUUUCCCAGUCCCCCUGCAGCAAAAUGUUCAGGUGGUUGCUGGCGGUUUUUGUUUGGUUGUUUUUUCCCCAGAAAUCUCUAAAGGCUGAAUUUCUGAAUGUUGACAUUUCAGGUGUGAUCCUCCAGCUGGUGUUUUGUGAGUGGGUGUAAGAGGGAUCGUGGCUGCUCUGCCAUAUGGACAUCACUAGCUUUUAGGAAAAAUUAGAUCUGUGCAAGCAGAUUACCGAGAAGUAAUAGCUCACCACACCAGCUAUUAGUAAAGAGAAUGUUGGCUGACAAGGUGCUCCUGUGUAUUGCAAUAGCCAGUCUGUCCCUUUUUUGCAUCCAGGAGCUGUAUCUUUAGAUGAUUCUACUUACAUGUACCAACUGAUCAGGUCACUUGUCCUGGCCAGAAAGUAACAGCUGCGAUUUGCUGAUGAUUUUCUGCUACUGGUGCUAGGGGUAUUUACUACAGCUGGCUACUUUGUGGGACCUGGAGACUGAAUGUAGCUCAUGAGGUAAAUUACUGAUGGUUGGUUUAUUAAACAUGGGAUGCUUCUGCAUUUCCAGGGUGAAACCGUUAAGAGAUAGAGAAACGUCACAUUCUGAGAUGCAGAUUUUUUUUCUGUUUGAUGUAUGAAGCUGUAUUCUGUUCAUUAGCAAAUUGAUUGGAGUCCAGAUAAGUUUCAUUAAUGCUGUAAUGUUGUUCAUCGCCUGCGGUACACUUGGUAUUUGCUGCUGGUGACCAAUUCCAUUCUGUGCCUCAAGGGGGAGACCAACGUGGGCUGCUGUUUGAGACUUUGAUUUAGAUAAGAGAACAGCCACAGGGUCAUAAUGUAUUUUAUAUCUAUCAAUACUGUGUGUAUCAAUUACUUCUAUUUUUCAUGCGUAUUUCAAAUACAAUGCAUUAAAACCGUUCGCCUUCAA